GUGUAGCUUGCUCGUUUGGUUGACAAUCGCGAUGUGAUGUAUAUCCUACAUCAUCGCACGCUGAGAUAUAUUUUCAAGAAGUAUUUUUAAUUUAUAAAUUUAUUAGGCGAUUUGUUUCUAAAUGUUUUCUUAUGUUGUGAAAACUUUUCUCUGUUUUGAUUUCUAAAUAUGUGUAACUUGCCGCCGAAGUUCCAUUCAGUGUGUCGCCUUUGUUUAUCAUUCUGUGGCGAUAAUUGCAGUGAUGUUAAACUUCCAAUAUUCGACCGUGAUAAGGAUAAAUCACGACUUUCCGAGAUGAUAAUGGCUUAUCUAUCGAUAAUGGUUUCUCCAGAAGACAUGUUGCCGCAGGUUGUAUGUGGAAGUUGUGCAAACAAACUUGAUGAGUUUCAUACAUUCAGGGAACUAUCGCAUAAAUCUGAAAGAUUAUUGGAACAAUUUCUACACUAUGCUAAUUCACUAUCAGGUCCUAUAGAGGAGGUCCUGAGUAUAACGGCCGACAAACUGGAAGAGAUAAUUAAACCGUUGAACGAUAAUGAGUAUGAUCUGUCAAAAAGUAAAUAUGCCGAAAUCGGCUCGCCCGACUCAACCGAAGAGAUGAAAAACCUCGAAAGCCGACAGGCGGCGGUAACACUGCUACAAAUAAAAAACUAUGACCCAACGAAAUACGUUGUCAAACCCGAGACGGAAGAGAACUCGAAUAUAAUGUUCAAAACGGUGAGCCUGCCGCCCUCCGAUAGAGCGAGUGAGGUAAUGCACUGUACAACAGUGAUAGAUAUAAUUAGCAAGGCUGUCGCGGUAGCUCAGCGUGAAAACGAGGAAUCUCAGUAUCCAACAAAUUAUGCGGGCGUAACUGUCAAAACGCACGCGACGUCCGAAUAUACUCAAGACUAUGUGGACGAACAAUAUGCCCAGAAUACACCCCAGAGCGUCACGAAUCUACCCAAUAACGAGGAGCACAGAGAGAUGGACCUCUCCCUAUACUCCUGUAAGACAGAGUACGAGAGCGAACAGGGCAGAGAGCCCAAUGCCUACACACAUAGAACCAAUGAUAUGCCGCAUAAGGACAAAAUGCAACAUUUCUAUGCCAGAGCGUGCGUGAGGACAAAGCCGGCGAAGGAGAACUCUGUAUAUGAAGAUUGUAGUCAAAGCAGUAGCGGCUCAGAUCCGGACAGACUUCAGAUGGACAUAUCAGAGGUGUCGCAGGACGAUCCAGAAGAAACACAAUCUGUACCGUCUGCGCAGUCAUCGCCAAAACCACCACACGAGACGGAAGAAAAGGAGUCAUUAUGGCAUGCUCUACAUAAACAAAACGGUCGUGGUGGUGAAACAACUCAACUUCUAAGGCGACUGAUUAACAGUAAACAUACAGGGAUGACGGUUUCACCUUUGAGGGGACUCGCUGUACCACUUACUCACACACCCAACGGCACCAUUUCACCGAACGGUGAAUGGCCGAGUCCUGGUCGUGGUAACAUGGGCGCAGGUGGAACAGCGAGAAGGAAACAGAGUUGUCCAGCACGAGCUCAGCCCUUGCAGGAACAACAUCCCACUUGGCCCACUAACACUGAUAAUGAAGCAACAGACACGUCAAACUCAAAUCGCAACCCAUCACAGCGCUUCGAGCUCUCCUGCACCAACUGUGGUACACACACGACCACCAUCUGGCGUCGCGAUGCCAGAGGCGAAAUGGUGUGUAACGCGUGCGGGUUGUAUUACAAACUCCAUGGAGUACCACGACCUACCGCAAUGCGACGGGACACCAUACAUACUAGACGCCGGCGUCCCAGACAUGAAGCGAAGUCUUCUAGAUCUAGGAGACGAGGAGUCAGCAGCGCCAGUACUGAGGUCCCCGAGAGUAGUGAACCAGCUGGUGGGGCACCAGGGGCUCCACCAUCAGAAGGGGCAGAAGAGGCUGUAUUGGCAGCGCUUCGUAGGCAAUUGCAGCCGCACCUCUUAGCCGCCUUGCAUGCGCGCACUCGACCAGCACAGAUGGGCCGCGGUAUGCCAGAGUAUGACGAAGCGCCACUGAACCUAGUAGCGAAUCACGUGGCCGAAGAAACGCAUUGACCGCUCACGUAAUCUUUCCGCACCCGUGUACAAACGGCCAGUUACUCAUACCAUAGACUGUUUAAAUUUGGAACCUUUUUAAAGGGCCGUACUUUUUUUCUUUACGGCCAGGGAUUAAAAAAAAUUCUGUGACAUUUCGUUUUUGAAAGCUGUUAUAUGUGGUCCAUCCCGCCUUUUCAUAGCCAAUAGUGUUAUUAUGUCUAAGCAUAGAAUAUAUACAAUCGAAAUGAUAUUCUGUGGCCGAGAAUAAUCUAAAUUCGAACGCCCUUUAAAAAUAGUCCAAGUAUAAACAAGAUUAUUUUAGUAGAUCUGAUAUAAAAUCUUUUUUGUUUAAUAACCUUUUUAAUGAGGUAUAUAUUUUUAUGAAUGUUCCCAUUCGUUUUAUACCAGUAGUGAGUUAAGGCCAGUGUAAGACUAUGAAGAUUAAGAAGUACUUAAAUUUGAAGUUAUUCCUACAUCAAAGUAAUAGUAUUCUGGUUAAAUAUAUACUAAAUAUUUUUGUACAUAAGGAGUAUUAUCAAUAGUUAUUUUUUACCAAAAUUCAAAUUUAAGUACUAAUUGAUGGUGACUAUCUGAAAAUUAUGACAAUGAAGUAUUAAUUAAACAGGGCAUUAUUAAAGGCAAAUUAAAUUGCCUUUUAUGGGCAGUUAAAAGUAUUGUGAAAUACACUUUUCGAACCUGGAUAAGAGGGUACAUUGUCCAGUCCUUAUAAGCUUUGUAGCGAAAUUUUAUUCGAUACGGUCACAAAUAAAUGUUGUGAACUUAUUUCUAAAAUGGCUUGGUUGUACUCGCUUGUUCGGGUUCGAUUCGUCAAAAGGUCGAUGACCUUUUGCAUAAUGAGAAUUUAUUGCAUUUGCAAAUGAAAAUUAUUUUCUCUAAUUCCUCAUGUGAUGAGUAAGACGAAUGAAUUUUGAGAUUAUUUGAUUGGUGAAAUCGGUUCGGUCGACACCUCGAUAUUAGCGAGGGCUCGGGCCGAAGUCCACGCCUUGCCUUUGCUCUCUUUUCCUUUGAAAUUAUUACGGUUACCUAUUGCAGGAAGCAAGUAUUCAUAUAGAUCUAAGUUGUAUUGUAUAUUGUUUCUUACCUAGAGUAGUGUUUUUUUAUUAUAUAUAAUUUAUUUUUGCCCCGAUUUCGGUCAGUAUUCGAAUCUCAGUUGAGAAUGUGGUUUUUAAAGCAAUAAACUUUUCGAAUAUAAAUAUUUAGAUAUAGAAUCUCUUUGGAGCAAUAUUACCGUAAUUUCCGUAGAAUAGGAUUUUAUAUUCUGUGUUAAAAUUGAAUUUAGAAAUAAUCUGGUCGAAACCAAAUCGUGGCAUUAUAACCUCAUGGUCAGUGUUGAGCAUUUAAAGAGAUUUCCGUUGUGGGCUGUUUUUCUUAUUCGCCGUCCUAUACUUAUCGCCUCUACUUAAUUUAGUUAUAAUUUAUUUUACGAUCACCCCACGGGCCAGUAGAACAGUCUUUGAGACAUUGUGAUAUAGCUUUGUGCUUUUCUAUACGUAAUUUCUUUGCAGAAUCCCCUAUCGUAUUUAAAAAGCUUUAAAAAUUUGAGAUUACCUACCCUCGGAUUGGGAUAUUCGUAGUACUUAGAAUUGUUUUAUACUUUGACAAUAACUAUGCUCUCUUUGACGCUCUCUUGAUUCCGAGUUAUAUUUAAAUUAUUUUAAGUAGUGUAGGCAACGCAAGCAACACUUUCGCUAACAUUGCUGCUCGCAGUAGUGAUACAGUAUUAUUUUAUUCAUUAUUCUGUACAUUUUUUUAAUUAUAAGUCCUGUCUAGACCUCACUAGAUCAAAUUCCGUUCGUGCAGCUAUUCGAUCUUCCAAUUGGUUAUUUAUUAUUAUUUAGGUUAAUUUAUUACGGUUUAUUGGUAUAACGUGUUAAGUUACUAACGUACCGGUUGUGUAGUGUGCGCUUUCGAACUAACAAACGUGUGUUUGAGAGAAUGGAGCUUCGUCUUAUAAUUUAUGCUGAAAUGUGACGCAGUGCCGUGGCAAUCAUGUACUCAAGCCAAUUAUUUGAUAUAUAAUUGGUUUGUCUAUGAAUUUGGGUGGUAAAUGAUGACUGUUGCCCUCUACAAAAAUUGAAAAGAAACUGUGUUUGAUCUUUGUCGAGGAGUUAUUGUUUUGUUAUUAUUGGUUAUCCUUAUCUGUUUGUCAAUGUCACGUCACUGCAUAUGAUGAAUCUCGUUAAAUUCCAUUUAACCUUCACAGCAAUUAAGACUGUAAGCAAAAGUCUCAGAAUUUUUUCCAUUCAAUGUGAAUCGUAAAAGUAUUGUAACCGAAAUGUGAUAUGUGUUGUAGAAUGUAUUUCCUGAGAAGCAAUAAAUUUGUGAUAAUAUGUAGAGAUGGGCAUUUUUGUACGCCUCCUUUGAGAGUACACUGCAUAAUAUUAGAUGUCAAUUAAUGUUUUACUGCGCGGUCGGUUCCAACUGAGGUAUAUGGAAACCUGUUAAGUCGACCCCAAGUUGAUAUUAAUUACAACCCAACAACAUUUACUGUUUUUGAAUGGAUUUUUCUGUUAUAAAGUACUGUUAAGAAUUCUAUAAUAUUGGACAUUUAAAGUAUAUAAGAGCUCAGUUGUGCGUCGGUUGUGCGCAGUAAGAAUCAAUUCCAAGUCAAUUUAAAUUAUAAGAAUUUUUCGUUGUAGUUUUCUCACCUUUACUGUUACUAACAUUAACGUCUCAAAUUACGUAUUAAGAGGUAUUAUUAUUGUAUAAAUACUCUUUAAUUAAGCUUAUGGACCAUUUGUUGUUUGAAUUUAAAGUUUCAGCAUAAAUUAUCGGUAUAAUAUUAUACCAGAAACAUUUUCGUCGGAAUACUCAUGAGACAUUAUUAUUGUUGUAUAGAUGAUAAAUAAUGUGACUUACGCAGGGAUGGAUACUUAAAUUAUUAAAAAUUUAACUGAUAUAUUGGCUAUGUAGUGAGUAGAAUAUUUUUUUACAAAUAAAUUAUAGCAGCUA